AUGGCUGAAAAAACUCAGGAAUACAGUUCCACUUACAGGAAUCAUUCUUACGGCCCUUCUAGAUUCUCAACAUCAAACCGUCAAUAUCACGAAAAGGAUAGAUCCUCCACAAGAACUUCGGAUCACCACCGUGAUAAGUACGCAACGAAGCCCUAUGAUAAGCCCACACCCAAGUCUUUCGAGAGGAAUGGGUACCAAUACGAUCAGAAGGGCUACUACAACUCAAGGAACUUUGGGUCGAGUUAUGGCGGACACAGAUACGGGUCCGGCUACCUCGGAGCUAACCUGGCGCCAGUCAACUGGAGUACGGUGGAACUGGUCAAAUUCGAGAAAAACUUCUAUGUCGAGCACCCGGACGUCAAGGCUCUCACGUGGAAGGACGCAGAAGCUAUAAGAAGCCAGAAGGAGAUAACAGUGGUAUCGGGAAAGGAUGUCCCCAAUCCCGUCGUGAAGUUCGAACAGACUUCAUUCCCAAAGUACAUAUUGAGCUCGAUUGAACAAGCUGGAUUUAAGGAACCAACGCCCAUACAGGUUCAGUCAUGGCCAGUUGCACUAUCAGGACGCGAUAUGAUAGGAAUAGCCGAGACAGGAUCUGGAAAAACAUUGGCGUUUUUACUGCCAGCAAUAGUUCACAUAAAUGCACAGAGUUUACUUAGGCCAGGAGAUGGGCCAAUAGUUUUAGUAUUAGCACCAACGAGAGAGUUGGCAGAACAGAUCAAGGACACGGCAGUGACAUUCGGAAAAUCAAGUAAAAUAAAAACAAGCGUAGCCUACGGAGGAGUCCCAAAAAAGUUACAAAUCAUCAACUUGAAGAGGGGAGUGGAGAUACUAAUAGCGUGUCCAGGAAGGCUUAUCGAUUUUUUAGAAAAUCAUAUCACUAACCUGAAAAGAGUAACCUACCUGGUGCUAGAUGAGGCAGAUCGAAUGCUGGACAUGGGAUUUGAACCUCAAAUCAGAAAAAUCACCUCACAGAUAAGGCCAGACAGACAGACACUCAUGUUCAGUGCAACGUGGCCGAAAGAAGUCAUUUCACUCUCACACACACUACUAAGUCAUGAAGUUGUGCACAUCAACAUCGGCUCCCUGGACCUGACAGCGUGCCAUAACGUGGAGCAAAACGUGCUGAUAAUAGAAGAAAAGGAUAAAAGAAUGAAGCUGAAGGAACUACUGAAGAAACUGAUGGACGGAAGUAAGAUUUUGAUCUUCGCGGAAACGAAAAAGGGAGCAGACACACUUACGAGAGAACUGAGACUAGACGGGUGGCCAGCAUUGUGUAUCCACGGCGACAAGAAGCAGGAGGAACGCUCCUGGGUACUCAGCGAGUUCAAGGCAGGAAAACACCCAAUCAUGAUCGCCACGGACGUGGCGAGCAGAGGACUCGACGUGCACGACGUCAAGUACGUCAUCAACUACGACUUCCCCGCACAGAUCGAGGACUACGUGCACAGGAUCGGCAGGACGGGCAGAGCUGGCAUGAAGGGGAGCUCCUACACAUUCCUCACGGCAGACAAGUUCAAGGUCGCGCGCGACCUCGUGAAGCUGCUCAGGGAGGCGAACCAGCCGGUGCCAGAGGAGCUGCAGAAGCUGGCGAACGACCGGUCCAACAGCGGAGACUUCAGGCGCUGGGGCUCGUACUCGCGAGGCUCCCACUACACGUCCUCGAACACGACUCCCAUCGGAGGAAAGCCGUACACAAACAGCUACCACGGCUCCCACAGUUCCCACAGCGGUAGCUACAGCUCAUAUUCGUCCUAUAGGAGAUAA